AUGCUAGAAUAUGGCCUUCCCAUGGACUCGGCCGAGCUUGAUCGCAUCGACAUGUGCCACGCAAAAUACUGUGCAUUAAUUGGCAAGAAGCGCUACUUGGCGCCCAUUUUGAAUCCCCAGAGGAUCCUAGAUCUUGGAUGUGGAACUGGAAUAUGGUGCAUUGAAAUGGCAGAGGACUUUCCCGCCGCUGAAGUUAUUGGCACCGAUGUUGCACCAACACAACCUGAGUGUCAUCUAAAACCAGGCGGCUGGGUAGAAUUCCAGGCAAUCGUCGGCCUCCUUGGAUGCGACGAUGAUUCAAUUCCCGAAGGAAGCUACCUGCGAAGAUUCUCCGACAUGAUGGAAUCGGCAUCCUCGAAAUUCGGUGCGAGCCUCACCGACCCGAUGAAGUGGAAGAGUUGGUUCGAGGAGCGAGGUUAUCAGAACGUGACGCAGAAGGUCUUCAAGUUACCAUUCAACCCGUGGCCCAAAGAUCCGCGCAUGAAGCUUCUAGGUGCCUGGGAGAUGGAAAAUCUUCUCAGCGGCCUGGAGGCUAUGGUCAAUAGGAUGUUCCAGAAAGGCCUCGGCUGGUCCGAUGCCGAAGUUGCGGUAUUUCUGGCCUAUCUGAGGAAAGAGGUGAAGAACCCGCAGAUGCACGGGUAUUGGCCCUAG